UUCUAUGUCUGGUCCGCUUCUCUUACUGGCUUCCAUGUUUGCAGGCUGCUGCUCUUUUGCCAACAUAAAAUACCAAAUCCUGCACUCUGUGUUGAGAACCCUGUAAACUUUCAUAUGAUUGGCUCAGAAACCAGGAUUUUUUUUUUAUAUAGGGAAUGUUAUUUCCAUCCAUGACAAAUGAGAAUGAUUUAGAUUUAUUUUACAGUAAAUAUUACAGUAUAUAUCUUACUUAUUGCUCCUUUAAAGGUUGCUCACAAUUCGCACGACAAUCGGAUGGAAACAUGGCUGUUGUGCUUUUUCUUCAGUAGUGGAGUAAUUCACAGUGAGUUUGCAUUCAGAAGUUUAGAAAUGCAGCUGUAACCAAUACCAUUUGUAUUUAACAUUAAGGCUUUUCCUUUUACCAGCUGUACCACUCUGUGUAACACUUUGCUAAUGCAAAAGCUUUUUACAGACCACCUUUCACCAGUUCAUGUUAAACCAAUGAUAUUGACUAGCCCUGCAGGAAUGUUGUCUAAAUGCUGACAGAUCUCAGUAUUUGGAUUUCUGGGUUUUCAAUGCCUUUGUUGCACAUCCUUUGCUUCACAGGUUUAUACUCCUUUCUCUACCUUUCAUUUUCCCCAUAACUUCAUUUGUGGACUACUUUGCUUUGAUUUCUUAGUGUGCGUUAUUUGGGUAGUUGCUAAAAUCUAGUGUGAAUUUUAUGUCAAUGGGCCGAUUAGACAUGUACAUUUCUUAUUUUACUUGAUGUAUAUUGGCACUCAAGCUAGGAGCUCUGUCUAGUAAUUAAACUAUUGUGUGUUGCUAGAAUAAAAAAAAGUAUUUAAGCGGCACUGCAUGAAAUAAAGAGUAUUACUGUUUUAUUGAUUGCUAAGACCCUAUACCAAAUACUCAGUGCCCUGAACCCUUUUUAUUGAAAUUGUCACCCUUUUGACAGCACCUUAAGCACUUUCAACCAGUUAGACUCAGCUUAACAAGUAUAUUUUCACCCACUAAACCACGUUUUGCACUGCAACGGUAGAUGGCAAAUGGUAAGUAGAAGUAGCAAAAGAACUCAGUGAAAGCACUAGUGUCUCAGUCUAAACCCAGCAACUCAAAAUCGAUCAAUCGAUGUGGCUAAUGCUGUAAGCAAACCAACAUAAGCCAGUAGAAGGAGCCUUGUUGGUGAAGUUUCACCAGCGAUAGAAACAAUCAGAAUGCUGGAGUUAGGGUAAGUGGUGGUAGAGAAGGAAGAGGAAGUAUGAGACAACAAAAAAGCAUUUCAGACAAAAUAUAGGCAACUGUCACGGAUCAUGUUCUUGUCCACGGUUUGAGAAUGAGGGAAUCUGGACUUGAAGUUCAGCCCAACCUUAGUAGAUAUUCACUGUGUCCACCAUCGUUGAAAGAUUCAGAGAGGAAAACAGGUAAUUGCUUUUUUUCAUUGCAUGCAUGUUUACAGUGUGACUCAGCACAGCUCUGUAAAAUGGUUUCUUUACAUAAAUUUUCCAAUAUCUUUAUAGACCUCAUACUGCAUGCUCUUUUUUUAUAGAAUUGCAAGACUGCCACAUCACGGGGGAGGACAUCUAUGUGGUCCUUCCACCAAGAGACCCUCAUAAUCGACAUGGUCCGUCAGAAGAAUGCAAUAAAACUGCUUGAAAUACAGCAGAGAUUCCAGUAUGUACAGGACAGGCCCAGAGUCCAACCUGAGGCUCCCUUCUCGACAUUUUUGAUGAUCUGCACAACAUCGCCGUAGGGAUUUGGCCUCUGAAAAACAGAAGACAUGUACCAAGUGGUGCCCGGUGGUGCCGGGGGCACAAUUACAGACGUUAUACCCAAGCAGAAACACACCAAGGACUCGCGACCUUUGGUUGGUGCCGGAGUCAUCGGUCUGUUCCUGGUCAUCGCAGCCGUGACUGCCUGGUGUUAUUACAUAGCCUCCCUGCGCAAAGCUGAGCUGCUGAAGACUCAGCUGCUGGAUCUUAACAAGGAUGGCUACAUUAUCCGCAACCAGGGUGGCUCCAUUGUCUUCAGAAUGGAUUUCAGAUCAGGGACCUUGGACUUGGACUCCUGCUCCAAAGAGGAAGAGAUUCUUCGUUGUGUACGAACCACUGAUCGAAAGCUUAAAUUUUUCAUAAAGACUGUGCGACCCAAAGACACCGUGCAGUGCUACCGUGUGCGUUGGGAAGAGCUGGUCCCCGACAUUCCCGUUGAGCACGCCAUGACCUACAAGUUUGCACACUGGUACGGAGGUGCGGUGUCAGCGAUUCAGCACUGGCCUAUUUUCCUUUCAGGCCAACAGGCUCCCAAACCCUUCGUCACAAGCGACAUCUACUCAAACCGGAAUGAAUUCGGCGGCAUCCUGGAGAGCUACUGGCUGUCAUCCAACGCAACUGCCAUCAAGAUUAACAACUCUGUGCCUUUUCACCUCGGCUGGAAUGACACAGAGAAAACCAUGUACUUCCAAGCAAGGUACCACGACUCUCCUUUCAAGCCAAACCCAGGGGAGGCUCCUUGCGCUGAACUGAGCUACAGAGUCUGCGUGGGUUUGGACGUGACAUCCAUACACAAGUACAUGGUCCGGAGAUACUUUAACAAACCGUACAAAGUACCCGCCAAAGUCAUGUUUGAGCAUCCCAUUUGGUCAACUUGGGCUUUACAUAAGCGUGACAUUGAUCAAGAAAAGCUCCUGACGUACGCUGCCAACAUUCGGAAGUAUAACUUUAACUGUAGUCACCUGGAGCUGGAUGACCGUUACACAAGGCGCUACGGAGAUUUUGAGUUUGAUCCGGUUAAGUUUCCCAAUGCAUCUGAAAUGUUUCAAAAGUUGAAAUCAGAUGGAUUUCAGGUUUCUCUCUGGAUUCAUCCUUUCGUUAACUAUGACUCUGAGAACUUUCAUUCCCUGGUAGAGAGAGGGUUGUUCGUCCGAGAGCCAACAGGCCGGCUGCCUGCAAUGGUGCGUUGGUGGAAUGGCAUUGGCGGCAUUUUGGACUUCACCAACCUGGAGGCCCGUGAAUGGUUUUCUUCUCAGCUACGCGCACUGCGCUCAAAAUACGGGGUUUCGUCGUUUAAAUUUGAUGCCGGGGAGACAAACUACUUACCCUGGAAGUUUAGCACAAAGAAUCACAUUCGUGACCCAAGUUUUUUUACACGACGGUACACAGAGAUGGCUAUUCCUUACAACGACCGAGCGGAACUGCGCAGCGGCUACCAGUCCCAGAACAUUUCCUGCUUUUUCAGGCCAAUUGAUAGAGAUUCUGUGUGGGGCUAUGAGCUGGGCCUCAAAUCUCUAAUCCCCACAGUGCUCACCAUUAGCAUCCUUGGGUAUCAGUUCAUCCUGCCAGACAUGAUCGGGGGGAACGCCUACCUUAACCACACAAGCGGAGAUCGGGCACUACCUGAUCGAGAGCUCUACAUCCGUUGGCUGGAGCUGUCUGCCUUCAUGCCUUCCAUGCAGUUUUCUGUCCCGCCAUGGGAAUACGACAACGAGGUGGUGGAAAUUGCUCGGAAAUACACAGCCAUUCACGAAAGUAUUGUGGCGCCACGGGUCCUCGAACUGGCAGGGGAGGUUUUGGACACCGGGGACCCGAUCAUACGUCCGCUGUGGUGGAUUGCCACUGGUGAUGAGACAGCCUAUAAAAUUGAUUCCCAGUUCCUGAUUGGGGAUGACCUAAUGGUAGCUCCGGUUUUAGAGCCGGGAAAGCAAGAACGAGACAUCUACUUACCUGCAGGGCAUUGGAGAAGCUACAAAGGGGAAAGAUUUGACAUCAAGGAGCCGCUUCACCUCACAGACUAUCCUGUAGACCUGGAUGAAAUUGCCUACUUUGUUUGGGUUUAGCAAGAAAGAAAAUGAAGGACUUGAUUAUGUCAUGCUGCCAUUUCCGUCCUUUUGUGCCUUUUUAAAAAAAAAAAGAAUCUAGACACAUUUCCACAUUUUGUCACUCUGUAAGCACACAACUCAAUGUAUUUUAAUGAGAUUUUAUGUGAUUGAUCAGCACAAAGUAUUACAUAAUUCUAAGAUAGAAGAAGAAAAAGGAUAUAUGGUUUUCACUUUUUUCAUGCUGGUGCAAGUUUGUUGGAACGUGGGAUGACAAUCUUAACAACUGAGUUUUUGAUCUGUGCAGCUCCUCCAUUUACCCGAAACUUCUUAGCUGCUUCUUUCAUAUAUGCGCCCUUCACCUCACCUGUCAUUUCAGGGAGACAGCAAUGUCUUUGUGGUCAUUUAGUUGUGCUAUUUCCUCUUUAAAUUUUUAGAUUACACAUCAAACAGCACUCUGAGACGUUCACAUUUUGGGAUAUAGUUUUGUAAUUUAAAUCCACUAUAUCGCUGACCUGUCUGCUGCAUUACUUGGGUUUUAUGAAGGUUUAUUCGUCAGUGUUCUCUCGCAACCCCGAGGCCUUCAUAGAGCGGCUAGAUUUAUACAGGGAUUGAACAGGGAUUACACACACAGUGACUCUGUUCAUUAAUAAGUGACUCCUUAAGGCAAUCGGUUGCCCUGGGUUUUCCUAAGAGUAAAUGGGGCUGCAAGACAAACGUUGAUUCAUAAGCCAUGCAUCUUUCUGCUUUCUCUUAUACCUGUAGCAUGCCAUGAAAAUCCCAGUAAAAUCCAUUGUAGAUUGUGGUUAUGAUGUGACAAAAAAUGUGAAAAAGUUCAAGGGUUUUGGAUAGUUUGGCAUUGUAUAUGUUAGGCGGGUGACACUAUGAAAUGUACGAAGAUUCACCUCCCCUAAAAUGGCUACCUAUGAAUUCAACUCAAAUGUGACAUUAGAUAUUAAAAACUUGAUCUUUACUUACAUUUUAUGUUUGAAGUUACUUAUUUUUGCCAUAUUCCUGAGUAUUUGCCUUUUUUUUAGCAUUAUCUUUGAUAAAUCCACACCUUUUGCCAGCACUGGCCACUUUUAAGCCGCUGUGCCUUACCAAGAGCAGUAAUCCUUUACCGUGAAAGCUCAGAAUGCACUAAAAUAACAAUUUUUGCUAGCUCAUAAAAUAAGAAAGCAUAUCUUAAUUAUUUUAGAAUCACGUCAAGUCUUAUAUUAAACAUCUGGUAAUGAGGGAAUAUAUAAACCGUGAAUUGUUUGUCAUAAAGCUGUUUUCAGCACUGUUGAGCAGACUUGUGGUCUACAUGAGGAUACCUGUGACUCUGACAUCUCUUCCUGUUGUUUGUUGGUACUUAUCAGGAAGUCAGGUUUGACGCUUCACUUAUCAGGACAAGAAGCUGGAGGUUUAAUCAUUACAUUGCUCUCAUUUGUGUAACACGGUGCCUUGUAGCCCGUCUUAGCCAAGAAAGAUGCCUUUCACAGUGUUUUAAAUAUUUGACGCUGUCCCUCAGGUAACUGCUUUCUCAGGCUUAGCUGUGUAUGGAAUGUCUAACUGAUUUAAUGCUGGGGAGGCUUUCAAACAGCUGAGAAUAUUAUAAUAUAAAAAAUACCGUCCGCUACACCUAGAAUAUAUAGUAUCUAUGCAGCCCCCCCCCCCACCCCCCCCACAAAAAAAAGCUAACAAAAUAAAACAUAAAACGAACUUAGCAAGUCAAUAGCAUAGCAGACUUUGAUUGGCACACAAAAUGGUGUGCAUUUGUAAUUAAUAAAAUGUAAAUGUUUUCUUAAUAUAAACAUUAUUGCUUUAUUGGUGUCUGGCUUUUACUAAUAGGAUAGGUAAAACCCUCAUUGAAUAUUCCCAAUAAAAAAAAAAAUCAUCUUAAUAUCAGCAAAUUCAGCCUCAAAUUGCUGUGGUGCAAACUGUCAAAAAAUGUGCAUGUUAUAUUUUUUCCUGUGUUGUUACAAGCUGUCUUUCCCCCAUAGCUUUAGUUUUAUGUUGCAAUAUAAGCUGUGUAUUUUGAUAACUAGACAUGAAAUGGAUAUGGCCCAUGUCAUGCAGUGCCAAGCAGCAAACAGAUGUGCAAACAAGUGACAUCUAGAGUUCUUUAUAAUGAAGUUUUUUCCUUUUUUAUCAUUUAAAGGGUAUUGAUGGAUUCUUGUUCUUUCUGAAGAUAAACAAUAUGACACAUUAGUAGCGGUGGAAAUGUGGACAUUUAAGCCCAAGACCCCUGCUCCCUAGCCUCUGAAUAAAUGUUCAACUGGCCAUUUUGAAAUACUAUUGCUUUGUACUUUGGACCCAUAAAGUUGUGCAAACCUGACCUGAGCCUUUGACUUGCUGCUUCUGCACUGACCUCUGCUUUUUUUUUUCUGUCCUUUGACAUCCUGUCAAGAAAACAUCUCCAUUUAUUUAUAGCAGCGCUCCUUUAGUGUCUGUGCCAGGCUCAUCUCAGACUAUUUUUGUCUUAUGGCUAGACUGACUGGUCUUGCUGUUAAUUUGCUUUGGGUGUUUUCAGCUCAGUGGGUGCCAUAAUGUUUUUUUGUUUGUUUUUUUUAAUUGUGGAUGUGAUUAGAAUGGUGCAAUAACGUUGAUCUAAUUUUGUACUAAUGUAUUAAAAGAAUUAUGUGGCAA